AUGAUAUUACGCCAUUUCCUGACAUUCCAUACCACCAGCACUAUCUUAGCAAUAAUAGCAUACCCUUUGCUUCCAGGUCUACCUUCACGACCAAAGCCCAAGCGACUGGUGUGGGUGCUGGGCGUUGUAGUGGGUGGAGUAGUAGGUGUGGCUGGAGUUGCAGCGGGCAUGUGGUGGAUGCGAGGGCGAGGUAACUCGCACACUUUACGAAACAGGGAGGACUGCCUGACGAAACUACACAAGCCUGAUCUUACAGGUAACGGAAGGGACACCGAGGACUCACUGGGCGUGAAUGGAGUUGUCCAGCAUACGAUUUACGAUUCAAUGGGACGCUACCGAGGUUUUGCUCACCUACAUCAGAACGAUAUGUAUCAAAACAGCAUGUUGACGCCUUCAGCCGCAGCCACAACAACAGUCACCGCUGCCCCUUCACCUCCCCCGGCCGAGGUCACGACAAGCACCCUUACCUCCAAGUUAUCUCUCAUCAAAAGGGGAAAGCCGUCCGCCACACCAGCUCCACCACUUGACCCAAAGUUCGGCGGUGAGGCAAUAAAUGGCAAAGGAGGAAGUGGAGGAGGAGCGCUAGGAGGUAUAGGGAUAGGAAGUAUAGGCGGGUUAGUAGGAGGACUAGGAGGAGGUGUAGGAAGCGGACUUGUAAAGGACACUAGAGGAGGCAUAGCAGAAAUUGGAGGAACAGCAUUAGGGAUAACAGGAGGCUGUGGUGGAGACGGUAAAGAAGUGGUUGGUAGUGGUGGUAGUAGUGGUGGUGUCGGUAGUGUUAUUAGUGGUGCUGGUACUGGUUAUUGCAGUAGGGGUGGUGGCAGUGAUGGAGUAACAACAGGAUCAGGAGCAACAACGGGGGCGGAAAAGGAUAUAUCAGAGGCCCCAUGGCAGAAGAUGAUCAACCAGCUAACAUCGAGCACUAGCGAUAGCAAGUUCUUCGAUGUGUGGCGGAUUCCUGGGGUGAAAAAUGUCCGUCAACAUCCACCUAACGAGAGUGUUUUAUAAACGGGAAGAGGCGAUAGAGAGAAGAAAAUUAAAUCGAUUAGGGUUUGUCUACUUAACAUGUAACAUAUCCUUAGCUGUCUGGCUCAUUAUGAAUGAAAUGAGUGCAUGUGUGUGUGUGAGUGAGUGUA